AUGAGCGUUGCCAUUGAGGAGAGAGGCAGGCCCAACACCCAGGACUACAGGGUGUUUUUCAAAAACUCUGAGGGCAAAUACAUCUCUCCGUUCCAUGACAUACCCAUCUACGCAAAUGAAGCAGAGAAUAUUUUUCAUGCCGUUGUGGAGGUUCCAAGAUGGACAAAUGCAAAGAUGGAGAUUGCAACCAAAGAUCCUCUCAAUCCACUGAAACAAGACAUGAAGAAGGGGAAUCUUCGUUAUGUAGCGAAUGUGUUUCCUCACAAAGGCUAUAUCUGGAACUAUGGAGCUAUUCCACAGACAUGGGAAGAUCCCAACCACAAGGACAGCGACACAGGAUGCUGUGGAGACAAUGAUCCUAUUGAUAUAUGUGACAUAGGAAAUAAGGUGUGCUCUCGAGGAGAAAUAAUCAAAGUGAAGGUUUUGGGAACUCUGGCUUUGAUCGAUGAGGGUGAGACAGACUGGAAGGUCAUUGUGAUCAAUAUUGAGGACCCUGAAGCUGCCGACUUUAACGAUAUUGAUGAUGUAAGACGACUUAAGCCUGGAUACCUGGAGGCGACUGUUGAUUGGUUCAAAAGAUACAAAGUCCCAGAUGGGAAACCUGAAAACCAGUUUGCUUUCAACGGAGAGUUCAAGGACAGGGACUUUGCCAUUAAAACAGUCAAGAGCACCAACGAGUUUUGGAAGGCACUGAUUUCUAAGAGGACCCAUGCUGGCGAAUUAAAUUGCAUGAACACUAGUGUCUCAGAUAGUCCAUUCUGCUGCUCUGCUGGGGACGCAGAGGCUGUGGUUAAGUCUGCAUGUGCUUUUGGAGCCGAAGAUCCCAUUCCAAGUUCAGUCGACAAAUGGUUCUACGAUGAGAAGUAA